GGCUCCCCAGAGGUGCCGGAGGUAUAAAUGCCCGUCGGGCACGCCGAGCCGCCGGUGCCAGUUGAGCGCUGCGGUCCGGAGUGGCCGGCAGUUGCCCUCCCGGGAAGAUGCCGCGGGGGUUCCUGGUCAAGCGGAGCCGGAGGCCCGGCGGCUCCUACCGGCUGCGUCCUCCCGCUGCCCUCCUGGAGGAAGCGCCCCUCAGCCCCGCGCCUUUGGCGGAGCCGCCGCACCCGCACCAGCCUGAGGCGCUGCUGACGGCAGUCUGGGAAGUCGGAAGCUCGGACUGCGCUGCUGCUGCUGCUGCUGCUGCCCCGGACGCCGAGGAGCCCAAGCCCGGCGCCCGCUCUCCCGCCUCGGCCGAGCCCUUCCCGCCCAGCCUUGCCAUGGUGGCCGAGGAGAGGCUGCCCCCCCGCACGCCUGUGCCCCUGCCCGUCGUCCCGCUGGCCCUGCCCGCAGCCGCGCCUCUCUGCCCGCCCGGCGCGCUCAAGCGGCCGCCCCGCGCCAAGCCCCCGGCGGCGGCCAAGAAGCCCAAGGCGGCGCGCAAGCUGAGCUUCGCCGACGAGGUGACCACGUCGCCGGUGCUGGGGCUGCGGAUCAAGGCGGCGCCCGAGGGGGGCUGCGAGGAGGGGCCCCGAGCCGCCCGCCCGACGCUGCUGGGCGAGUUCGUGUGCCAGCUGUGCAAGGAGCCCUACGCCGACCCGCUGGCCCUGGCCCAGCACCGCUGCUCGCGGAUCGUGCGCGUCGAGUACCGCUGCCCCGAGUGCCACAAGAUCUUCAGCUGCCCGGCCAACCUGGCCUCCCACCGCCGCUGGCACAAGCCGCGCCCAUCCGCCGCCGCCGCCGCCGCCGCCGGCCCCGCCCAGGACAAGGAGAACAGCAGCCGCGAUCAGCACCACGGCGCCCGGGACAGCUCCUGCUGCCGCGACCCGCCCGCCGCCCUCCCCGCCCGGCUUGGCCAAGGCGGCCCCGGCGAGCUCUUCCUCUGCCCCUACUGCCACAAGACCUUCCGCCGCCAAGCCUACCUGCGCAAGCACCUGGGCACCCACCAGCCCCCCGGCUACCGCGCCAGCCCGCCCCAGCCCCCCCUGCCCUCGCCCCAGCCCCUCUCCUUCCCGUGCCACUUGUGCGGCGCCCACUUCCCCUCGGCGGACAUCAGGGACAAGCACCGGCUCUGGCACGCCGUGCGGGAGGAGCUGCUCCUGCCCCUGGGCCAGCCCGAGGGGGGCGGCGCCGCCCCCGGCCAGCAGCAGAUCUUCUCCUGCAAGCACUGCCCGGCCACCUUCUUCAGCUCGCCCGGCCUCACCCGCCACAUCAACAAGUGCCACCCGUCGGAGAACAGGCAGGUCCUCCUCCUGCAGAUGCCCGUCCGGCCAGGCUGCUAGG